AUGGCGAGCGGCAGCACUUCGUCCAACGUCGUGGGCGUCCACUACCGCGUCGGCAAGAAGAUUGGCGAGGGCAGCUUCGGUGUCAUUUUCGAGGGCACCAACCUGCUCAACCAGCAGCAGGUGGCCAUCAAGUUUGAGCCGCGGAAGAGCGAUGCUCCUCAAUUACGCGACGAGUAUCGCACGUACAAGAUCCUUGUGGGCUGCCCCGGGAUCCCUAAUGUCUAUUACUUUGGGCAGGAAGGCCUGCACAACAUCCUCGUCAUCGACCUCCUCGGUCCCAGCUUGGAGGACCUCUUCGAUCACUGCAACAGGAAGUUCUCGAUCAAGACUGUCGUUAUGGUAGCGAAACAGAUGCUGUCAAGGGUCCAAACCAUUCACGAGAAGAACUUGAUCUAUCGCGAUAUCAAGCCUGACAACUUCCUCAUCGGACGGCCAGGCUCAAAGAGUGCCAACGUUAUUCACGUUGUCGACUUUGGCAUGGCAAAGCAGUACCGUGAUCCCAAGACCAAGCAGCACAUUCCCUAUAGAGAGCGGAAGUCUCUCUCUGGUACAGCUCGAUACAUGAGUAUCAAUACUCAUCUUGGACGUGAACAGUCCCGUCGAGACGAUCUCGAGGCCCUGGGCCACGUUUUCAUGUACUUCCUGCGAGGUGGUCUACCUUGGCAAGGCCUGAAAGCUGCUACCAACAAGCAGAAGUACGAGAAGAUCGGAGAGAAGAAGCAGACGACCGCGAUCAAGGAUCUGUGUGAUAGCUUCCCUGAGGAAUUCAACAAGUAUCUCAGCUACGUUCGUAACCUCGGCUUUGAAGAUACGCCCGACUACGACUAUCUACGCGAACUGUUCACGCAGGCUCUUAAGAGCACCGGAGAAGUCGAGGACGGAGAAUACGAUUGGAUGAAGCUGAACAACGGAAAGGGCUGGGAAGUCCUAAAGUCUCACUCGUCAGCUGUGCAGGCUAUGCACCACUCAAACGCCAACCAGAACUCCUCAAUGGCCGUAAACCUCCAGGGUCAGCAGCACAGGCAAAACAAGACCCAUCUCCCCAUUGAUCACCACCGUUUAAACGAGCCUCUCCCAAAGCCCGGAGCGACUCGAGCCCAGCCCGGAAGAAGCCCGAGAGACAUCAACAACCGCGAUUCGCAAGUGAAGAGGAAGAGCAUGGGAGAGCUCGCGCCACCGGAAGGUGCCUCGACGCAGGCUCAGUUCCAACACAGCCAACCUAACCUGGGUUCAACGAACCGUGCUACACCAGUAGCGAGUCCCAAUGUGCAACAGCAGAGGCGACAGGAGCCUGAGAAGCCUAGCUUCAUGCAGAAACUCUCCAACAUCCUAUGCUGCGGCGCCGGCAAGUAG